AUGAUGAUUCUAUUUUUUACCUAUCUUACUCUUUCUGAUCCCAAUUUGACAAUACACGAUAUUGGCGUAGCUGUGUGGUCAGGAAAAGAAUGCAUAAAUACGAGAAUGGUAGCUGCAUGUAACACCUGGGUUAAACAAUUUCCAGAAGUUGCAGUUUAUUCAGAUUUUUAUCCAAAAGGAUCAAAAGAAAAGCUUCAAAGUAUAGCAUCACCUACAAAACUUUUAUUUUUCGAGCUCGGCGACUGUAGACAACAUUAUCUUGUUACAGCAUGGCAAAGAGCCCAGCCACGAUUCAUGAAAGCAAUGGAACACUUUUACAGAUAUAAUACAAGUAAGAAAUGGUACUUUUUCUGUGACGAUGAUUCAUUUCCUAUUGCAAGAAACCUUGUUGCGUUACUUAAAGAUUACAAUUCAGAAGAAAGUAAAUUUAUUGGCAAACUAUACUGUGCAUGGCCAGAAGUAGUUUUCGGAAAAAAGGAAAUGGAAGAAUGUAUUUUAUUUGCACAAGGUGGUGCAGGCGUUUGUAUCACGGCAACUUACUUUGCGCGAAUAGUAGAUAAUAUGACAGAGUGCAAUGCGAAGUUUACUCACAGAUACUACGCUGGUUCGAUGAGAUUUGCCAAAUGUUCGCAUGAUGCAUUUCCAAGAGAAUGGAUUGAAGGUAGGAUAUUGUCUAGAAGAGAUGAUAAGUUUUUCUCAACAGGACCUAUCUCAGAAAUAGAAGAUGGAGCUAAUAUUAACACGCAUCCGGUCAAUUUCCAUAAAUUAAGUAUAUCAUCAAUUUAUUACGUCCGAAAUUCAUAUAUGUCGAUGUUUAAUUUGCCAUCAAAUAAUGCUUCGAGAUUUACUGAUUGGAGAGACGUUGCUGGUAAUAAAUAUACGAUAUAUAUGGAUACAAAGCUUCAUUCUUAUAAUUUGAUGCUUGGUUACUAUUUAGGAUUAACAGAUAAUUUUGAAUCAUUUUUACAGAGGCAAACGUCACAGUAUAUCCCUGUUUUUGAUGAAAAAGAAGUUGAUAAAAUUGUUGCAUACAAGCAGUAUUACAAUGACAACUUCCUUCUUGAAAUUAUUUGCGAUGAUACUGUUCCUCAAGGAAAAAUGUGGACAGACCAUUACGAAAUAAGAAAUUAUACUCAUGUAUAUACUAGAAUGAAAUGUCCACCUAUCGAAGAAUAUGUUUGGCCAUAA